CUCUGGACGCCCUCGGGAUAGGAUUCAUCGUGGUAUGUGACAUCUCCAACUUCAAUUUUUCGGUUCGUCAAGACCUUUUAAGUGAAAAUACAGUAUGCGUGGCAUCUGAUUUGGAAACAGGUAGAGAAUGUCGAUUGAGGCAGAAGUGUUGCUGCAGGAGGCUAAAGAAAACAUUGAGGCAGCUCAGAACUACAGGAGUGAACUGCAACAGCGUCUGCAUGGACUCAACCAGGCCCUCAACCAGGUGAGGGGCAGUGCGAGGCAGACGCGGGAGGCCCUGCGCUGUCACUUCGAGGCGCUGCAGGCUCAGGUGGCUGUCCUGCUGAGCGAGCGUCUCAGUGUCCUGCUGCAGGAGGUGGACGCCAUCGAGCGGGACAGCGUGCGGCCUCUGGACGACUGCCAGAAGCUGGUGGAGCAGGGGGUGGGCACCGCCAACGAGCUGCUGGGAGAAGGCGAAGCUGCGAUCCGCUGCUUUGGGGAGAAUGAAGACAAGCUGGGAAGCUUUACUAAGAAGGCCCUUCACAUUCAGCUGGACAGUCUCCCUGAGGUGCCUGUCCUGGUGGAUGUCCCCUGCCUGUCAGCCCAGCUGGACGGCUCCCUGCUCCCUGCUCUUCAGCAGUGCAUCGUGGGUCAUGGCAGUGUGGCCUCGCGCCCCCCUGUUCUCAUAGAGGAGCUGGUGGAGCGGGCAGGGGGCGUGCUGGUGCGCUGGGGCAAGGUGGAUGAUGACUUCACUGUGCAGGACUACCGCCUGCAGUACCGCCGCAGCACAGCCUCUCAGUACGAGGACGCGUACAUCGGCAAGGACUCGGAGUUCCUGGUGCUGCACUUAGAUCCGCACACUGACCACCUGUUCCGCGUGUGCGCCAGGGGGGAGGGGCGCACCGAGUGGAGUCCCUGGAGCCUUCCCCAAACCGGCUACACCACGCUAGCGCCUCACGAGUGGCACCCAGGCAGUGAGGGCUACAUCCUAAGCAGCCGGAAAAACAUCGCCCUGCGCAGUGACUCCCUGUCCCCCGCUGGGGUCCUCUACUCCAGCACCCCCUCCUGCUUCUGCGGACAAACACUCACCUUCAAGAUCCUGGCAGCAGGUCAGCCAGACAAGCGGGACAGCCUGGGGGUGUGUGUGGAGCGCAGCAGUGCUGCCGGAUCCCUGCAGAGGCAAAGAGCCGUGUGCAUCUCCACCAAAGGCGCUGUGUUUGUGAAUGGAAAAGAGAUGACCAACCAGCUGCCAGCCAUCACCAUCGGCUCAGCCGUGACCUUUGACAUGGAAGUCGUCAGCCUGCUUCCUGUCACCAACAAUAACAUCAAUGACAAGGGGAGCCUGAAGUUGAGGGUGACGAUUGGCUCGGGGAGUAGAGAGGUGGUAUUUGAUUGGCUCCUGGAUCAGGGACUGGACCACCUUUUCUUCGGCUGCUCCUUCACACACCCUGGAUGGAAGAUUCUGGUCUUCUGAUACUAUUGACCCUAUACAAGCACCGCCAUGCUCAGUGGGACAAAGAGGGAAGUUAAGUCUUUUGGACAGUGCAGUCGGCUGGUUGCUGUACCCGCAGUCCAUCCCUCAGUGAUGUGAACAAGCUCUUAGGCUCAUCCACACUGGAGCAGAAUUUGGGUCAUGUGCUUUCUAGAUCUGACUCCUCAGACUUACAAAAACUAGUGUAACUGAUUGACGGUUACGGUUAUGCUUUCUUAUGGAAAAAUAAGUACUGUAACACUCCCACUCUUACCCUUCCUAGAAGGGUCGGUCCUGCGCUUAACAUUUAACAUACGAGAUGGUCAGAGCUGGUCAAAGUGGCAUCUUUGCUUUGCUGAAGACAAGCUGCCAAGUUUUUCAAAGCUUUUUGGCAGGUCAGCAGCAGAGAAUCUACAGAGUAUACAUUCCUGUUAGCCAGGGGGGGCUGUGAAAACUGUUAGGAAAGUGAUUGAGCUGCAUCACGAUCAGAUCCGCUCUCAGCAGGUGACUGAAGGAACUGCAACAUGACAGAGUAUGAUUCAUGUAUAUUUUAAGAAUGAUUAUGACUCGUAUAGAUCAGUUGCUGGAAAAAGAGGCAAGACUAAAAAAGUGCCUUUUAGUUCAGAAACCCCACUUUUAUACUGAACAAUGCAACUGAUGUGCAUUUCUAAAUGUGACAUUGUUGUUUAGUAUGUUAUUUCAGCUAUACAUAUAGGCAGUUUUUAAAUGUUGAAAAUUAUUAAAUUGUAAUUAAGUAUUUGUUUUAAUGUGUAGCUUUAGGAAGUAUGCAUUUAGAGUAGUAUUGUUUUACAUGUUCACACUUUGUGGUGUUGCCGAUAACAUUACAAGGAGGUUGAGCCAGUGUGAAAGGUUCGAAUGCACUUUGGACUCGUACGUGAAUGAAACUGACUGGAGGCGUACUGAGAGCUACAGCCUCACAGUGAAUGCAUACUUGCAGUGGGAUCUGAGUGGGAUUUUGGGGUAUUGAGCCUGUAUUACAUUACAUUAUUGGCAUUUGGCAGACACUCUUAUCCAGAGCGACGUACAGUUGAUUAGACUAAGCAGGAGACAAUCCUCUCCUGGAGCAAUGCAGGGUUAAGGGCCUUGCUCAAGCGCCCAACGGCUGUGCGGAUCUUAUUGUGGCUACACCGGGGAUCGAACCACCAACCUUGCGUGUCCCAGUCAUGUACCUUAACCACAAUGCUACAGGCCGCCCUAUGUAUGUGCUCACUGUGCACUGUCUAUAAACUGCAGUGUUCAUCUGAGGAGCAGGAGAAUCUAUGCUGCCAAUAGAUAUGGGCUGAACAGGGUGUUCGUAACGAGGCUUACACUCUUUGUCAUUUGUCAAGAUCGAUGCAAUCAUAUGUAAAUAUUUUAUAGGGUUAAAGAGAAAACGAGCAGCUGGCACAGAAGUCAAACUACAGAGAGCAGUGGUUAGUAAUGUAUGAGCUGAAUGAAUCUUCAUUACACACAACACGUGACCCCAUCUGGAGCAGCACUGGUUGUCUUGUCCAUUCUCCCUUGUUUACACCCCUAGAAUUGGAACCCCUUUUCUUAAAUAUUUCCCUUCAGGUUUUUACCUUGACUUUUUCUUAAACUGACAGUUCCAACAAUGCCGACUCCUCUUCUGUGUGUUUUUAAAACCUUUUCCACCACUUGACAUUCAGCCUCACAUGUAUGAAGGUAAUGUAUUGCUUGUGCAGCCAGAUGACAGUUGUGUAGAAUAAAAUUUUAAACUACCAAGUAUUUAGAAAUGAAUUAAUGUAGACAGAAUAUACACAAAUAUGGUGAUUAUAUAUAAUAUAAAGGAAUGCAGCGAACAGCGAUUUUUCAUGGUUUGAGGAUUUAAACAGGAUGGAUCAUUUUCCUUUGGGUAAAUUCUUUGACUUAUUUCUACAUCAAUGCAUGAAAUUAAUUUGAGUGCUCUUUUCUACCAUAUAAAAGAAAAUAAAACAACUGGUACAAAAUA